UUCAAAUUUUAACAUUCCCCUGCUUUUUAACAGGCUACAUACAUGUAUACCAGACACUUCACGACAGUGAAUGUUACCACAUGUGAUCUGAAUUUCCCCUCAGGCCCUCGGUUUAGCUUUUUUUUGCGGUCGUUGAAAAGAGAACAGAGUGAGACGUCUGUGCAUCUUUUGACAUCAUGCUACGUGACGGUUGGAAUGCGCGUUCAUGAGCCGAGCCCCGCCCUUGUCUCUUUAAAAACGCACGGUCUCGAUAGCGGCGGCAGAAAUGUGGUGACAGUAGAUUUCUUUUUAAGCUCUUUAAAAAUCACAUUUUCUUUUCUCAACCUUUCUUUAAGCAUGGAGCUGCACCGACGGUUGCUGCUUGCGCACUGCGCCGCUCACGCGCUCUCCAUGGUGGCGGGCUUGAUGGUGGUCGUCCCCAUGGCUCUGAACGGCUCAGCCUUCAAAGGCCGCUGCGCGCUCUUCUCCACCGGCUACUGGGCCAAAGUGAGCCCCACACAGUCGACCGGAUCAACGUCAGAUGCCGGUCAGCUGGUGAUCCAGCAGUGGGGUCCCGCGUCCGCCUGCCAGUUCGCUACCUUCGUGGGUAUCUUCACGGUGCUGUACGGGGCCGCGCAGGGAUGGAGAUGCCUCUUCUACCUGCAUGGGCGUCAUGACGACACCCUGUUUUCAUCUUUCCUGACCGUUCUGCUGAGCGUGUGCGUGCUCUUCCUGUCUGGGGGUGCCAGUGUGAUCCUGUCUCUGGGGUUUGACUCCUGGUGUGACACAGUGACUGAUGCAAACACAAGAUUUCAAAGCUGUGCAGAGGCCCAGUCCGCUGCGCUUCACCUCGAUGUAAACACCUCGUCAUUUCACACAGAUUUCAGCAUGGCCCAGCUCUCUCUCUGGUGUGUGACGGCUCUGUGGCUUGCUCAGUCCAUCCUGGCCUUCCUACGUCUCUACCACUCGCACAGCCAGCACAUUAGUGGGCCGUGUCUUCCACGAGAGAAGGAGUUGCUGCUGAGACAGAGCCCAUCAGAAGUCUCCGCCUCCCCUUCCCUACCACCAGCAACACCAACUCUCUUAGUGUAACUAGCAGGUAGCGUGUGGUGCGUCACUUCCUUUUGGAAUGCAGGAGGUCCAUCUUUGCACUGUUUGUUGACCUCGCCCUCCUCGUCCAACGGUCACUGCCAAGUGGGAUUUGUAGUAUAUUUUUGUCAUCUACAUGUGACGCAUACAUAUUCAUAUGUAACCUUCCUCUUUACUUCUCAAAUGUAUAAGUACCCUCAACUCUUAAUGAGCAUGAUCGUCACGCCGUUCUCCUUCUUUCAUAUUGAAAUACCAAAUAUUUGAAAAGUAACCAAAGAGAUCAUGUUUCAAACUUUAAAUUUUUCAAAUUUUAUUCAGUCCCAAAUUAGUAGUUCCUGAAUAUCUUCCGUGCAUAAUUCUUCCGUUCGCAUAGGUUAAUGCUGUCCAGAAAUGCAUCAUUUAUGUAGCCAAUGGAAGCACUGGGUGGGAGUUCCCCUAGAUGUACUGAACAUGCAUGUUUGUUUACAUUUCUAAAGGACAUUUUGCACUUUUGUCCUUGUCAGGGAAGGCUGUCUUGUUGACACUCAGAUGUACCACUGAAGAGCUUUUAUCGGGAAGACUGUGGUUCAGAGUGUGACUGAGUGUUGUUUAUCGUGUACAUGAAAUGGUCUCACUGUGUGAGCAUGAACGUUCUCUUAUGUGUGUUUUUCCAUUCUGCGAUCUGAUGAAGGUUUUCGCUGUGAUGUUGUUUGUGAGGAUGCAGCUGCUAGAGGCUAUAAGUGAAGCAGACAAAUGUGAUCAGAGGUUCAUCCCUCUGUUAGAGUUGCAGAGCAGAUGAAUUUCAUCUGAUGUCUGACAAUUUCUUUAUCAACAGAUGUUUGUGGAGGGGUCAGAAAGAAAGCCAGAAUACUUUGUGGAGAUGUAAAAGAAUGAAGCAAAGUUAAUAAAAAAAAAUUCUUGUGAAUUCUGACCACAGCCGUUGCGAUGAUGCACAGAUGACGGAUUAAGAAAUCUGAGGAAGAGGAAAGGCUAUGUUGUUUUUGCUUCUUUUUACUUUGUUUACCUUUUGUACAUCAUUAUUUUCCUAUUGCCAAAUAAAAC